GUUGCUAUGGAAACAGGGCCGGUCCAGGUGGAGCCACUGGCUGGCGUCUGUCAGCCACAUGGGGGGAUGGAUGAGCGGCGCUGGGGGAAGUGGAGUCUACACUCUUCUUAAAGGAGGUUUCGUGGAAUCGAGCGACCGAGCCGUGAUUUCUCUGCGGAAGACGGAUCAUCUGAAGGCGGCGUGUUUUUUCAGCUUCCGUGGGGAGCGGCAGCUCCAAGAAACGCGCUCCACAUUCAACUCGGCGCGGACUGGAGCCUCCCGGAGGAGGAAAUGCGGCUGUUUCUGGGCGUUCUUCUCAGGCUAGGGAUCACAGACUGACUGAAACCCGUCUCUGCAGUCAAACAGCUGGGAAGUUGUUUUCACUGGAUGGAUGGAUCUGUCGCCUCUGAGGAGCGGGGCGGGCAGUCGGAGGAGCAACACCCAGGAAAAUGAUGCACCAUGGAGGGGCAGCCGCUGAACUUUGAGCAACAAAUUCACCUUGGAACUGCAGGCGGCAUGGGGAGCCGCGGAGACCAGGAGCUGUCGGAGCGACCCUGAGGAGCCACUCUCGUUGUUUUGCUGGAUCUUCUUGCUGACUCUGUCAGUGAGGACCUGCCGGGGGACGGUGCAGCAGGCUCUGCUGUGAUGCUUCAUCUCCAUUCCUGUUCUGUCAGUGUCGGUGUCUCCAGCCAGAUUUUCGCAGUCUCAGAAUGGCUCGUUUUGAAGACGAUGCGUCCAGCCGCUUCAGAGGCAGCGGCCCCGCGGGGCCAGCCAGAGGGGCCAACCGGCAGCCGGGGCCUCCGGGGGGCCAGAGGAUGUACAAACAGACCAUGGCUCAGAGAGCCAGGACCAUGGCUAUUUACAACCCCAUUCCAGUCAAACAGAACUGCCUCACCGUCAACCGCUCCCUGUUUAUCUUUAGCGAGGAUAAUAUCAUCCGGAAAUAUGCCAAAAAGAUCACAGAAUGGCCUCCGUUCGAGUACAUGAUCCUGGCCACCAUCAUAGCAAACUGCAUCGUUCUGGCCUUGGAGCAACACCUGCCAGCUUUGGACAAAACCCCGCUGUCAGAACGUUUGGAUGACACAGAGCCCUACUUUAUUGGAAUAUUUUGCUUUGAGGCAGGCAUCAAGAUCAUUGCCUUGGGUUUUGCUUUUCACAAAGGCUCCUACCUACGUAAUGGCUGGAAUGUAAUGGACUUUGUGGUGGUCCUAACAGGGAUCCUGGCCACUGUAGGGGCUGAUUUUGAUCUGAGAACACUGAGAGCAGUCAGAGUCCUGCGGCCCCUCAAACUCGUCUCUGGCAUUCCAAGCCUUCAAGUGGUGUUGAAGUCCAUUAUGAAAGCAAUGGUACCUCUGCUCCAGAUUGGAAUGCUGCUUUUCUUUGCCAUCCUCAUGUUUGCCAUCAUCGGCCUGGACUUCUACAUUGGCAAAUUUCAUCGAACAUGCUUCAAGAAUGGAACAAAAGAGCAGGUGGCAGAUUUCCCUUGUGGACCUGAACCUCCAGCAAGGACCUGUGGCAAAGGGAAUAUCUGUGAAGAGUACUGGCUUGGACCUAACUUUGGGAUCACAAACUUUGACAACAUCCUGUUUGCCAUUCUCACUGUUUUCCAGUGUAUCACCAUGGAAGGAUGGGUGGACAUCCUGUACAAUGCCAAUGAUGCCUCUGGGAACAUGUGGAACUGGCUCUACUUCAUCCCUCUCAUCAUCAUUGGGUCGUUCUUCAUGCUCAACCUGGUGCUGGGCGUGCUGUCGGGAGAGUUUGCAAAGGAAAGGGAGCGUGUGGAGAAGAGGCAAGAAUUCCUGAAGCUUCGUCGACAGCAGCAGAUUGAGAGAGAGCUGACUGGCUAUUUGGAGUGGAUCUGUAAAGCAGAAGAGGUGAUGUUGGCUGAGGAAGACAAGAACGCUGAGGAGAAGUCUCUGGAUGGAGCUUGGUACAAAAGGAAACAUAACCCCAACUCUGUGCUGAAAAGAACGAAGAAGAGUAAGAAUGACCUCAUCAAUGCAGAAGAAGGGGAGGACCAUUUCACUGACAUUUCAUCAGUUGCCCCCCCAGGGUCGCCAUUUGCACGUGCGAGUGUGAAGAGCAAGAACGAGAGCUCGUCUUACCUGAGGAGGAAGGAGAAGAGAAUUCGCUUCACCAUCCGCCACCUGGUCAAAUCCCAGACGUUUUACUGGACUGUAUUAUGUCUUGUUGGCCUCAACACACUGUGUGUAGCUAUAGUACACUAUGACCAGCCAGAGUGGCUUACGUAUGCAUUAUACCUGGCCGAGUUUGUGUUUCUGGGCUUGUUCCUGGCUGAGAUGACCAUGAAAAUGUACGGCCUUGGACCCCAGACCUACUUCCACUCUUCUUUUAACUGUUUUGAUUUUGGGGUCAUUAUUGGGAGUAUUUUUGAGGUGGUCUGGGCUGCGAUCAAACCUGGUGCUUCAUUUGGUAUCAGUGUCCUGAGAGCUCUGCGACUUCUCCGGAUCUUCAAAGUUACCAAGUACUGGAACUCUUUGAGGAACCUGGUGGUAUCCCUACUCAACUCUAUGAAGUCCAUCAUCAGUCUGUUGUUCCUGCUCUUCCUCUUCAUCGUGGUCUUUGCUCUGCUGGGAAUGCAGUUGUUUGGUGGACAGUUUAACUUUGAGGAUGAAACUCCAACAACCAACUUUGACACAUUCCCAGCUGCUAUUCUCACUGUGUUUCAGAUUCUAACUGGGGAGGACUGGAAUGCUGUCAUGUACCAUGGGAUAGAAUCUCAGGGUGGUGUGCAUAAAGGAAUGUUUUCCUCCAUUUAUUUCAUCAUUCUCACUCUUUUUGGAAACUACACACUGCUCAACGUGUUCUUGGCCAUCGCUGUUGAUAACCUUGCAAAUGCCCAGGAGCUUACAAAGGAUGAAGAGGAGCAGGAGGAGGCCAUCAGCAAAAAGCUGGCUCUUCAGAAGGCUAAAGAGGUACAGGAAGUCAGCCCUAUGUUGGCUGCUAACAUUUCAAUCACAACGAGUUAUGUCUGCACCCCAGUCCACCACUACCUGAGCAAUGAGCAGCAGAGGUCAGUCAAGACGAUGUCUGUCUGGGAGCAGAAAGCCAGCCAGCUGAGGAGGCACAAUCAGGCGAGCUGCGAGGUCUUAUAUGAUCCCGAGGAGUGUGUCCGCCUCCCCUCUGGCCUUCAGAUGCGGCCUGACAUGAAGACCCACCUUGACCGGCCCCUGGUUGUUGGGCAUUCUGAUAUGCUGUUGAUGAGAGGCCAUCAACAUCACCGUCACAAGCCGGGCACUCCGGAGGAAGCAGAGACUGCCGCUGAUCCACCGUCCACUCCGCCUCAUUCUCAUCACCGUCACAACCGCCACAGAGACAGAGGGCGGGCUAAAGUGAAAGAAGAGCCCAAUGACAGCGGUGGUGACAGUGGGAAAGACGGGAGGCAACACGUCCAUCACAGCCGCUUCAAAAACCAUGACUACAGCUGUAGACAAGAGGAGAAGAGCAGGAGGUCCUCCAGCAAAGACAGGAGCAGGAAGCAUCACCAUCACAGUUCAAUGGAUGAGAGUGCAGGUGGGGAGGCCACAAAAGAGAGAGAGCAUCGGCAUCAUCAUUCACAUCGACAGUCCAGAGGGGGGAAUGGGACAGUGAAUGGUGGGGGUCGAGGCGAGCACAGGCUUCACCGUAAAGAUGGUCGAUCAUCUAACAAGGACGGGGAUAGAGAGGGCAAGAGGAGGAGGCAUCACACACACGGGUCGAGGAGUCAGUCCAGGGCUGAAGGAGAGGAGUCAAACGAGAGAGAGGAGCCAAAUACUAACAGGUUUGGUGACUCAGAUGACAUUUCCCAGCAGCCAGGCUCUCUGGAAACGUCUAGCCAGCCAGAGGACUCAGACAACCAGAAGAAUGUCAGAAGAACAGGCCAGACCUCCAUCCGCAUUCCCCCUGUGACUAUCACCACACCUGGAGAGAUUACUCUGAUACAAAUGAACAGUACUGACAAUGAAUCAGUGCCUAUGAAUGAGAAGAACCUGAAGGAUCAAUGUCACUCUGGACCAAGACCCAUCUUAGCUUACAGCUCAAUGUUUAUCUUUGGACAGACCAACCCGGUGAGGCGGUUGUGUCACUACAUUGUGACCCUGCGGUAUUUUGAGAUGUCCAUCCUGGUUGUUAUCGCAAUGAGCAGCAUUGCUCUGGCAGCUGAGGAUCCAGUCUGGACAAAUGCCCCUCGCAACAAUGUGCUCAAAUAUCUGGACUAUGCCUUUACUGGGGUUUUCACGUUCGAAAUGGUGAUCAAAAUGGUGGAUCUUGGACUGCUUCUCCAUCCUGGAUCUUACUUCAGAGACCUGUGGAACAUUCUAGACUUCAUAGUGGUCAGUGGGGCUCUGGUGGCAUUUGCAUUUUCGAGCUUCAUGGGAUCGCAGCAAGCUGUGACCAGGGGGACUAAAGGCAAAGACAUCAGCACCAUCAAGUCACUGAGGGUUCUCAGGGUUCUUAGGCCUCUCAAGACCAUCAAGCGUCUGCCAAAACUCAAGGCCGUUUUUGACUGUGUGGUCAACUCUUUGAAGAACGUGCUGAACAUCCUCAUUGUUUACAUCCUCUUCAUGUUCAUUUUUGCUGUUAUUGCGGUUCAGCUCUUCAAGGGAAAAUUCUUCUAUUGCACUGAUGAGUCCAAAGCCCUGGAGAAAGAUUGCAAAGGACAAUUUCUUGACUAUGACAAAGAAACGGUGGCAGCAAUGCCAAGAGAGUGGAAAAAAUAUGAAUUCCAUUAUGACAAUGUACUCUGGGCCUUCCUAACUCUCUUCACAGUCUCAACUGGGGAGGGCUGGCCAACUGUUCUGAAACACUCUGUUGAUGCUACCUUCGAAGAUCUAGGUCCCAGCCCUGGCUACCGCAUAGAGAUGUCCAUCUUCUAUGUGGUCUACUUUGUGGUCUUUCCAUUUUUCUUUGUCAACAUCUUUGUUGCUCUGAUAAUUAUCACCUUCCAAGAACAGGGAGACAAGGCCUUGUCUGAAUGCAGUUUGGAAAAGAAUGAGAGGGCUUGUAUUGACUUUGCCAUAAAUGCGAAACCUUUGACACGCUACAUGCCAGAGGACACACAAUCCUUCCAGUACAGGAUGUGGAAGUUUGUCGUUUCAGCUCCAUUUGAGUACUCAAUUAUGAUCAUGAUUGCUCUCAACACUGUGGUACUCAUGAUGAAGUUUUAUGAAGCUCCAGAUUUUUAUGAAGCGAUGCUGAAGUACCUCAACAUAGUGUUCACCACUCUUUUCUCUCUGGAGUGCAUUCUCAAGAUCAUCGCCUUUGGUCCCCUGAACUACUUAAAAGAUGCCUGGAAUGUAUUUGACUUUGUGACAGUUUUGGGGAGCAUCACUGACAUCCUGGUGACUGAAAUCAAAACUACGGACAGACUAUUGAAUUUGAGCUUCCUGAGGCUCUUCAGAGCAGCUCGGCUCAUCAAGUUGCUGAGGCAGGGCUACACCAUCCGCAUCCUGCUCUGGACCUUUGUCCAGUCUUUCAAGGCCCUGCCAUAUGUGUGCCUGCUUAUUGCCAUGCUGUUCUUCAUUUAUGCCAUCAUUGGGAUGCAGGUGUUUGGGAACAUUGAGCUGAAUGAAGACACAGCUAUCAACCACCAUAACAACUUCCGCACUUUUCUCCAGGCUCUUAUGCUGCUGUUCAGAAGUGCAACUGGGGAAGCCUGGCAUGAGAUCAUGUUGUCGUGUCUGAGUCAUCGACCCUGUGAUGAGCUCUCAGGGACCAGUGGGAAAGACUGUGGCAGUGAUUUUGCCUAUUUCUACUUUGUCUCCUUCAUCUUCCUCUGCUCCUUCCUGAUGCUGAAUCUCUUUGUGGCUGUCAUAAUGGAUAACUUUGAGUACCUCACCAGAGACUCCUCCAUCCUGGGGCCGCAUCAUCUUGAUGAAUUCAUUCGAGUUUGGGCCGAGUAUGACCCAGCUGCUUGCGGACGGAUUUCCUAUAUGGAUAUGUACAAUUUGUUGCGCAUUAUCUCACCCCCCCUUGGCUUAGGGAAGAACUGCCCUAAUAGGGUAGCAUACAAGCGUCUUGUCAAAAUGAACAUGCCCAUCGCUGAUGACAACACAGUUCACUUUACCUCCACUCUGAUGGGCCUGAUUCGCACUGCGCUGGAGAUCAAGUUGGCCUCAGGUAUGGUGCUGCAGCGUUUAAUGGAUGCUGAGUUAAAGAAAGAAAUAUCCACAGUUUGGCCGAGCCUCUCUCAGAAGACCAUGGAUUUGUUGGUAACGCCACACAAACCCAAUGAGCUAACGGUAGGAAAGGUUUACGCAGCACUGAUGAUCUUUGACUACUUGAAACAGAGUCGAGCGAGGAGGCUGCAGCAGAUGGCCAACUCUGACCCCCAGUGCAAGGUCGAAGCUCUGUUUAAGCCAUUGCUGCCUCUGACUCACAUGCAGGGCUCACCCAGUGCUCCUCAGUCUCAGCAAAGCCCGGAGUCAUUCCGUCAAGUGGUCAGCUCUAACUCCAUCAACAAUGGAGGGAUGCUACCAGGUUAUGACCCCAGAAAUAAAUCAGUACCUUCCACUGGGAUGGAGAGGCCCACCGAGGGGGUCUAUCCCAAACCAAAGAGAACCAUAUCCAAAGGCCCAUCAGUGGACACAUCAAAUGCUGUCAAUCAGGAGUCAGUAGGGCUGAACAGUGUCAGCAGCACAGUCCCAGUCCCAGUCCCUGGUCCAGGUCUGGAGAGCCAGGGCAGGGCUGCUUCAAUGCCUCGACUCAACGUGGAGCUCCAGUCUGGUCGUGAUGCUAGCUCUAUGAGACGGUCUGUUACCACUGUAGCUCCACAGCGGCCCCAGGAGGUUAACCUUAGGGACUACACCCUGGAGAAACCUCGUCAGGAGAGAACACAUCACCAUCACCACCACCAUCACUGCCACCACCGCAGAGACCGGGACAAAGACAAGAGACAAGGGUCUUUGGAUACCCCUCUUGGGGGCCAACCUCCCAACUCAGCUGGUGGACCAGAACAGCCGGCAACUGAACCUGCUGCCUCCAGAGAGCGAGCCCAUAAACGUGGGCGCUCCCAUGAAAGGAAACACCAUCACUCCUCAGCAGACAAGCAACGCUACUACUCCUGUGACCGCUACUGCAGCCGGGAACGCUGCUGUCCCAUAUCUGCUACUGCCGCCUGCUCCUACCGAGAGGAGCAGGAAACCAGCAAAAAGCAGGGCAGUGGUUUGGUUAAAGGCAGCCAAGAUGCAUCAAGAUCCGGUUCAAGCACACCAAGCCGUGGACGCCGGCAGCUCCCACAGGUCCCACACACCCCACGACCUGGGGUGGGAUAUAAGACUGCAUACCCUUCUCAAGUGCACUUUGUGUCUAGUCAGGCUUCUCAGAGUCCUGGCCGACUAAGCCGUGGCCUGUCGGAACACAACACCCUCCGUCAUAGUGGUUCCUACUACUUCCCCUGCCCUGUCACUCGUAUCAGCUCAGAGCCCUUUCUGGGCCAGGGCCAUGGUGAGGCCCUGGGCAGUCCUUACAGCAGCUUCCAGAACCAGCUGGAUGUCUUCCAGGAUGUGGCAUCACUGUCCCCUACCCCUAGUGCUGAACAGUCACCCCGGACCACACUGCCUCGAAGGAUGGGAGCCCUACAUCCAACUUUUGGUGUAGACCCGAGUGUGCCCAAUGGGUACCACUUAAGUUUAGGGGGCAGCACCAGCCCAGGCACUGGAUACAGGGCACUGAGGUACAGAAGGUAGAUGGGAAUGAAUGGUGCUACCAUGGCUUUAAACCAACCUUUUUAAUGCAUUUUGAGGCAUUAUUAUGGGUUUUAUCAGCUUUUCUGAAGGCUUUAGUUUACAUGGUAUUUUUGUGUUUAAUAUUGUAUUCUAGCUCAGAAAGUUAAGGUGAUGUUUCACAUGGCAUUCUAAAACGAAAGAGAAAAGACAUUUCCUUUCCAAUAGGAGACACGUUUAUCUGGCAGUUGUUAGGGUGUUUUUUACCUCAGUGUUUUGUCGAAACCACCAUAUUGAGCUUGAAAGAAUAAUUGAAAUGGGAGAAUCAUUUUCUAUGUUCUAGUAAUAAUACCCUACAACUUGACGAGAUAAGAGUCUUACAGUUUUAGAUAAGACUUAUGCAGACCAGCUGUAUAUUCAAAUUCAGCCUUUAUUUUGUCUUAUUUAAACGUAGCGUUCAGUGCGGGACAUGGGUUUUUUCUCAUGGUGGCCGUUGUGCUACACAUAAUGCCUUUUGCUAUUGUGGAGAAAAUGAGUUGUGGUGUGUGUGUGCAGCUAACUUUUUGACCAAUAGUUCUUUUAUUAAAACUUAAAGCUGCACUAACUUGUCCUUCCAUAAGUCAGCAAUUAUAACAGAUUCCCCCUUUUCAAUGACGAUUUAACAGGUUCAAAUAGCAUCUAAUUCUCCAUGUUGGUGAUGAGUCCACUUGGUUCUGUUUAGUUAUGGAGCUUGCACUGUUCCCAAGUAUUCAUGCAAAGUGAACUCUUGAAAUUCUGUGAAGGAUGUCUCUGAACAGACAUUUUUAGUAUGCUAACCACAAAAUACCAGCGUGUUAUUUUGACAAUUUCUUUUUUUCAGACAGACAUUUCAUCAACAAGACAUAAUAAAGCAAGACUUUCAUAUUUAGAAGUGUAAAUAUAACACCUUAUUACCAAAUAUACAUGCUCAAAUACAUAUAAAUACUCCACUUGACUGUGAGCCUGAAAAGGAGCAUGAUGAAAUUUAACUUAUAUAAUCAUACUCUGUUUCCAUUCAGUAAUUCAUAACAUAAAUAAUCUUCCCAUUUCUCAUAUCUCUUCUAAAUAAAAAUAGUUUCUGAACCAAAUGAAAAUAAUACACACGCUCAUAUAUGCAUAUAUACACAUACACAUCUACCUGUAAAUAUACAGUACAUAUGUAAUGUAUAACUAUAUACACAAACACACACAUUUACACACGCCUACACACCCCUACACCCAAUUGCCCAAGUCAUCCACAGUGUUGUAAUUCCCAGCCAAAUUCAUCACCCCUGUUCAUCCAUUUAUAAUAACCACUUUGAGGCUUUUCUUAAAAUACCUCAUGCUUGGACUUUGCUUCAACUCUUUGGUGAGUUCAUUCCAAAUCUUCACACCAAUGACUGAGAUGCACAUUCUUUUCAUUGUUGUUCAAACAGUUAAAGUUCUGAAGUUGAGGUUUUCUCUAUAGUCAUAUCCCCCCACUCUAACAGUAAAUAAUUUUUGAUUAUUUUCUGGUAAUAGUUUGUCUCUAGCUUUGUACAUAAACUGGCAGUUUGAAACUCUUCCAGAUCUGGGAGUUUAAAGAGUAAGAAUUUAUAAAUAAAUUGCUGGUAUGACAGAAAUCAACCUUGUGAACUAUUCGAAUGGCUCUUUUCUGUAAUGUGCAUAAUGGUUGAAGUGAAGUUUUGUAGGUGUUGCCCCAAACUUCCACACAGUAACUUAGAUAGGGCAAAAUAAGUGAACAGUAGAAAAUAUGAAUGGCAGGGGAGUUUAGAAAUUUUUUAGCAUUAUAGAGAACUGCAAUACUGCAGAUCUUAUUAUGAGUCAAUACUCCUAAAAAACAAAUUUCAGUAAUUCUUUCCAUAUUCGCAUUAUCAAUUAUUAUUUGUAAAUUGCUAUCCGCUUCACAAUUCCCGAAUAACAUAAACUUGGUUUUAUCUAAAUUUAGUGAUAAUUUAUUAAUAUCAAACCACUUUUUCAAUUUACAUAGCUCUAAAUUAAUUUCAAUCAAAGGCUGCUGUAAAUUUUCACCUGUACAAAAAAAUUUUGCAUCGUCUGUAAAUAAAACAAAAUUAAGUAUCUUGGAAACCUUACAUACAGUAUGUCAUUUAUGUAUAAAAUAAACAACUUUGGUCCCAAUACUGAGCCCUGGGGAAUACCACAAACAAUGUCCAAGCAUUAGGACUAGAAAUCACCCAUUUGCACAAAUUGUUGCCUGUUGCUGAGAUAACUUUUAUUCAGUGCAAAACUACUCCUCUUAGACCAUAGAGCUCGAGUUUCUUGAUGAGUAUUUUAUGAUCAAUUGCAUCAGAUACUUUUUUUAAGUCAAUAAAUAUUCCAACAACAGGUUUCUUUUUAUCUAAUGAACUGGUAGCCUCUUCUGUUAAUUAACAAACUGCCAUCACUAUGGAUCUUUGUGACCUAAAUUCAUACUGACUCAGCAAAUAGUUGGUGUUUAUUAAUAAAUCUAUCUAAUCUGGCAAAAAAUAUUUUUUCCAAACUUUGGGAGAAUUGUGGAAGUAAAGAAACAGGCCUGUAAUUUGUGAAAUGAUGUCUGUUCCCAGAUUUAUAAAGUGGGAUAACUUUUGCAAUGUUAAUUUUUUGUGGAAAUAUAUCAGUUUGAAUUGACAGAUUACAGAUACAGUAUACGUUAGCGGCUGGAUAAUUUCCACAAUCACCUUCUUUAUUAUUACCAUGUCAAUACCAUCACAGUCAGUUGACCUUUUAUGUUUACAUUUAUUUACUAUAUCUAUAAUUUCUUUUCCUUCCACUGCUGUGGGAAACAUGGAAUCUGGAUUUCUGCUAACUAAUGUAUCAUUUAGUGUUUCAUGUACUGUUGGCCUUGUUUGGACAUUAGUAGCAAAACUCUCUCUGUUGUAACAUCUUAAAGGGGAGCUUUCAUUUUAUUUUUCACAGUACGAUUUCAACCUCUUUUGAAUCAGUGUGUAAAGAUAUUUAGUCAGCUAAAGAGGAAAAAUUAAUCAAUAGAGCCUAAUUUAUUUGACAGGACACAUUUUUUGUUUAGCGUGGACAUUUUUAGAUUAUUUCAACCAUGUAUAUUAGAAACUCUUAACCAGCAGACAGUGGAAAUGCUUCAGCUGUGUCGCAUUAGAGCUGUUAGGGAAUUCACAGAGAAGAUCAUGCUUAGAGAUUCAAAAAUCUGAAUUUUAUGUCUGAUUUAAAAUCAUCUUCUCUUGAAAAUCCUUGACCUGCCGACACAGAUUUUAGCUUAUUCCAAUUUCUGCAUAAGACUGGAACACUGAAAAUAAUUUCUUUUCAUCUUCCUGCUAUGAGUGGUUAUUAAUUAUUUAUACUAAGAGCAGCAGUGAUGUCACUACACUCAUGUGAUAAAGCAGUAACUUUAAAACAGGAUGUUACCAUUUUAAAACAAAAACAAAAUUAUUCUUGAGUUGAUAUUUUAAUAUUGAUAUUCUUCUGGUGUUAAACUCUGUCUAGCCUUCCUGUUAUCUACUGAAUCUCCUUCUCUCUCCCACUCUUUCAUUGCCAAAAUGAACCUCAGACAAGUCUCAAAAAUGUCAUAGAAAAUUCAGCUUAAAUACCUUUUUUCAUUUUUAAAUGCAUGACCACAUGUGACCUAAUAGCAACUAAAAUUAUGUGUUUACUCAUUAGAAAAGAUUGAGUUUGAGUUGUUAACUGUACAGACACCUACAGGAUCAAACAGAUAUGUUAAAUUAUGCUUAAAGUCAGUUUCUCUGUGAAUCUCGGUUUAUGUAUCACCCUUGUUGAUUUGUGGGCCAUCUAUGGGAGUGCUUUGGGAUUCUUGCUGUGUUGCUGUGACAAUUGCAGAUCAAGGAACAAAAUGUUAUUGAAAAAAAAACCUUCAAAAGAGAUCUGGGAGAAUAGCUACAAACUAAUGCAACAUAUAACAAUAAAUUCCAAGUUUGGUUGUUCCUUACUAUAAACUGAAGGAAGCAGAACAAUUCUUCAACAGUUAUGCCCUUCUUUAGCUUCUUUUUUACACCGAAGUGCAGCCUUUGAUGAAAUAUUGUAGACAAUUGGAAUUACUAGAAAGUGUUGUUUCAGGUACUUGAAGAUCAGCAUUGCAUGCUGGUCUACAGAUACCAUCAUAAUAUCCAGCAGGAGAUCACUGUUACUUUCCCAACAACGGACAUUCAGUGCUUAAAGCAGCUUUGGACCAAUAAUGUGAGCCUGACAACUGUGUUUAAAAUGAUUCAUUGGUCAACGUUUCCUCUUCCAGGUUUCUUUCACAGCCAACAGCACAACCAUCACCACCCACUUUGAGUUAGCUGCAGCGAAAGUAUGGUGGUUUCAACAGAAUAACUAGUGCUGUAAGUCAGGGGAAGAAAACAGAAUAGCAGAUCAGAGGAUCAGUGUAGAGAACCUCAGACUAUACAACACUGAGAAAACAAACUGUCACUCUUUAGUCUACAACUCCACCAUUCCACAAUGACAUCUGAUCUUUUGCAACAUUCCCAGUUGAACAGAUGACUGCUGGCUGACAGUCAGCACUUCUGUUUUUCUCAAAUACUUCUUUCUUACAGCCUUUACAAAACAAUGCAUGGUUAGCCGACUAGUGUGUUUUCUAUAAGAAGUUCAUUGUGAAUGAUUUUCUUCUGUUGUAUCCAUUUGUUGAAUAACAUGUAAUAACACUGGUGUGUUUUAAGUGAACUGUUUACAGUUUGCCAUUGUUUCAGGUCUAUUUCUUACAGAUUUUCUUUCGUUUGGAAUGUUUUAAGACAAAGUGCCUAUCCUUUUAGAUUUAUAUAACGUAGAAAAUAAUGCAACAUCAACUUUUUUGUAAUGCAUCCACACCAGAAUAGACAGUUGAUUUAUUUUGUAUGGAGCUCUGCAGGAAAACAUGUUGCACAGAAAGCCUUAUCUGCAAGCAACAUUUAUACCUACAGUACGCUUGAAAAUCAUGAAUUGACAAAUGACCUUAAAAAUGUGUUUUCCUCUUUUUUAAAAAAAUUUACAUUAACAAUAUUGUGAGCAUUUAAUUCCUCAUAAAACCAUGGACUCUGAUGUGAGUAAAAUAGUGUGCAUGUUUAGAGUGUAGCUCUGGUCAAACACCUGUAUUUUUGAUAAAGAUGUCAGAGUAUGCCCCCAGGAAGCUCCUGUCUUGUUCACAAUAUAAACCCAUGUGGGGGUCACCUGAUGUCUGACUGGACAGCAGAAAGCAUGUCUGAGCGAGGGCUCCGAGCAUAAAGAAUGAACGUGGCUUGCUCUGUUAGUGUGUGUUGAAGUGUGUAAACUGCUAAGCACAGAUUCUUGCAUAUCUUUUUUGUAUGUGGAACUUCACUCAUUUACUCUGUUGCCUUUGGAGGCAACUAGCAAAAAAACAAUGAAUGUGAUAAUAUCAUGCCAAGACACUUGCAGCCACUGCUUUCAUUGCCGAUUUAUUACAGUAGAAUACAAUGGCACUAUUAGCUGUGUUCAAAUUACCACUCAAUAUGAUGCAUGCUUAUGUGUGACGCCAGUUACAGUUGAGUCUUAAUAGUUGAAUAAUUUAGCUACAGAGAAAGAUAAAAAGAAAAAUAAUAAUAAAGAUGAAGAGGAUGAAUGCAAUGGAAUCACUUCCCUUUUUCUGAAUAAUUUAGAUUAAAAUGAAUAUAAUUGGGCUUUUAUUUCAGUUUGACUUUCACCAUUAUAAAUGGUGAAAGUUUAUUGCCUAUACUAUCAGCAUGUUAUUUUCAUGUUGGCUUGUAUAAAAGUGGCCCACAAAAGAAGAACUAAGUAAAACAUUUCAUCACUUUUACCAACUUCAAAGAUCAAAUAACGAAUAGAAAUUAUUUAAGUCCAUAUCAUAUAUUUUCUUUAAAUGUGGACCAGGCUGCUUAGCUACCUUUCCUUUUUAGCAAAGCUGCUCCAACUUAUCAAUAUGGAUUAUAGAAUUUGGACACAGCUAAUAUGUGAACAAAAUUAAAGCAGCAACAGCUUUGAUGGAACUUGUCAGAAAGAUAUGCUGUGCUAAUGUGGAAAAUCCAUUGUGAAAUGAUGCAACCCACUGUAGAAGUAGCAGAUAAGUUGUGAUCCAUGAAGGGUCAUAAUAAAUGUGAAAGGACAUGUAGAACGCCACCGAUGAUGUCACAGAGAGCCCACUGGUGGAUCCGUGUUUCAAGUGUUGUCUUCAAGUGUUCAUGUGAGGCCUGUGAACUGAAGCUAAGAGCUGUAAUUUGAACUGACCAGGACAUCAUAUGAAGGCUGCUCUGCACUCAAAGAAUAAUUGUUUUGUGCAUCUCGACUGACAAAGGAUCUUGCAAAUUAUUGGCAGGUUUAUUUGCUUCCCAUUAUGGCUGUGCAAGAUGGAAGGAAUCUGCAACAACAGACUGAAUGGAUUGUAGGUUCUCUGAAAGCCUGUGUCUUUGGUGGUCUACAAGGAAAAGAAGGGAGGAAAAAGGCCAAGAAAAGUAGGGCUAUGCAACAAAACCUCCCCAGUUCUCCACCCAGUCCAUUCUGUAGCUACUGAUUCAGGCUUCAGCAUGAUUGUGACCAAAUGAUUUAAAAAACAAAAAACAUGCAAACAAGAAGACUUGAAACGUAUUGAGGAACAAAGUGUAAACAAGAAACCAAUUAUUUGGGACUAUAGCAACUUUAUACAUGUAUUUGCAUGCACAAUAUUUACCCACGUUAAUGUCAAAUGAAAAUCCCUUAUGGGAGGAGAUGUGUUAUUCUCUUUGGAAAAUAUAACAAUGUUUUUUAAAACCAAUAUGUUUUAUGUCUCAGCUAUUUUCAUAUUGUUCUGCUGAAACAGUUAUUUGCUGAACUUUCUGAGGUCUGUAUUGCAUCAAAGGAUAUGUACCUCUGUCUAAGAUGAUCACCCAUUAGAUCCAAACUUCUGGGUUGUGCAUAUCUUUGGGGUGUUCAUUUGGUUUUUACAAAAAUAAAUAAAGUAAAAAAACACCAAAUGUUUGCAUGUUCUAACAGCGUACUGUAUGUGCAUGGAGGAAAUCUGGUGUUUUUAGAAACACUGUGCUUGUUUCUAUCAUUUUUAGAUUUUGUACGAUGGGGUUUAACAAUGCUUAUUAAUACUUAAGUCACUAAUUAUUUGGGUGUAAUCUAAUGUCUAUUUAAACAGACAUUUUCAGUUACGGAGCAGAAUUCAUUGUUUUCAUGCUCUGAUUUUGUGCCUUUAAACCUUUGCUGUCACAUUUCAAAACCUUUGUGGCAUCAAACUUUGCUUUGUAGCUGCAUCAAAAUAAUACCUGCUGUUAUAAUUGAAUGCUGCUUUCCCCAAUGUUAUUAAAGUCCUGCUAUUAUCCUUCUGGUACUUAAACAUCUAUUGACUGCGAAAACACAAAAUCCUGCUCUCACACUGAAAAAACAAUUAAUUGAGUGAUAACAAUAAAUUACCCCCUUUUUAACAUUUUUGGCACUUCAUCCCUUUACUGCAAACCUCCUGUUGGGUGUGGGAAUUUAGUGUAAAAUUUGUUUUUCCAAAUUUCAUGUCUACUGACUAAACUUAAAUUCUUAAGUUGUUUCUACAUUUUGUAUGAAGCCAAGCUUCUUGAAAUAAACUUUCAAUUACAUUUAAACCACUGGA